AUUAGAGAAAAUUCAUAGCAGCUGGUUCUUCAUCAUCAUCAUCUUCCACUUGACGGUGUAUGAAUGAUGAGCAAUGUGAAGCUCCCCACAUAUUAUGUUAUUGUGGAUUACGAGCUAUUCUCCAGAUAUCAUGGACCGAAUCAAAUCCAGGAAGACGAUUUUUUUCAUGUCCAAAAUAUAGAGAAAGAGGAUGUGACUUUUUCUUAUGGCAUGAUCCAGAACCAUCACAGAGAAGUAAGACAAUUAUUAAUGAGUUGAAGUGGAAUAACAAAAAAUUAAAGUUGGAGAUUAGUGAAUUAAAGAAAUGUGCUAGUUACAAUGGUGAAGUAGAUUAUAAUGAUGUUUUGGAUGAUGGAAACAACAAUUAUGCAACUAUGCAGUUAAAUGAUGAAAUAUCUUCAUUGAAUAGGAAAUUUAGAGUUGCUAUCAUGGUAAUUGUCUGUACUUGGAUUGUGAUGAUGUGGAUGUGGUUGAUGUAACUUGUGUUGUGAUGUUACUUGACAUUGUGAUGUAA